UUUCCAGCUGCGACGCGUAGGAGACGGCAGAGGCCGAAUCAAGAACAAAACCAAAAGAGCCCAAUUGAUUUUCUUAUUUGGGUUCUCAAAAUUCACAGACAAAAAAGCGAAAAGAUUGAAUUUUGAUCAGUCGAAAGCAAUCUUCAACAACGAUAGCAUUAUCCUCUGUUAUACCCAUAAGAAGCAAAGGAGAGAAAAAAAGCCCAAAAAAAUUAUGGAGAAAAUGAUGAACAUGAUAAAGCCGAAACAGAACCCACAGCAGCAAUUGAGAGAUUGGCAGCGCAGACUCCGCCAAGAGUGUCGCAAUAUCGAACGCCAAAUCCGAGAUAUACAGAAAGAGGAGAAAAGUGUGCAGAAAGCAAUCAGAGAUGCUGCCAAGAGGAAUGACAUCGGUUCUGCCAAGUCACUUGCUAAGGAAAUUGUGAGAUCUAGAAGAACAGUGAACCGGCUUUAUGAAAAUAAGGCGCAAAUGAAUUCAAUAUCAAUGCACCUCGGUGAAAGUGUGGCAAUUGCCCGUACAGUGGGCCAUUUAUCCAAGAGUUCUGAGGUCAUGAAGCUUGUCAAUAAUCUCAUGAAGGCUCCAGAAGUGGCUGCUACAAUGCAAGAGUUUAGCAAAGAAAUGACCAAGGCAGGGGUUAUUGAGGAAUUUGUGAAUGAUGCUGUUGACAAUGCACUGGACUCAGAAGAUAUUGAAGAAGAAAUUGAGGAAGAAGUUGACAAGGUCUUGACUGCUAUAGCUGGUGAGACUGCUGCACAGCUACCAGAAGCAGUCAGGAAGGAAAGAGUGAAGCAAUCAGCUGGGACAGCAAGAACAGCUGAGGAGGAAGAAGCCAUUGCUGAGGGUGUUGAUGAUGAGGAAGAACUAGAAGAAAUAAGGGCCCGACUUGCUAAAGUUAGGUCUUAAUUUGAGCCUUAAGUCCCUUCCUCUUCUGCUGGUGAAUUAGAGAAGGGCUUUGAGCACAUUUAACUUGCAUCUAGGCAUUAAUAACAAUGUAAUUGUUGAAUUCACCAUUGACAGUGAGUACAUGAGACGAAAAGAUAUGUUUGUAUUAUAUAUUGAAAGUGGCUUUUUCCUAUAUACUUAAAAAAGUUACUAGCCGCUAUGUGUAUCAUACCUAACUUGAGGCAUUGUUGUUGAUGCCAGUCAAACUCCUUGUUUGUAUAAAAAAGAUUGCAAUGGUAUGGGAAUAAGUCAUUUCACUGACA